AGCACGUUGGCGCUUUUUAAAAACUCAUUCUAACACUUUCCAGGAUUUUUCCACACAUUGUUCCGCCACCUCUGCUCAUGGAUUUAGCUUUUAAAAGCCGCCUCACACAGACCUGCAGCUGCUGCCUGAUGCUUUACAAACUGACUCUUGCAUUAAUAUUUUAGGAUUAUUAUUAUAGCUGAUCUAUUUUUAUUUUUUUCCUCCCUCUCUCUCUUUUUUUUAUUGGGGCAAUGACAAGGAGACUGUAUGAGUGGAGUGAAACUGUACACCUGCUAGGCGUUGGCUCGACUACUAACACAAACAAUUAAGCGUGCGGUCCUGGUUCUCCAGAACGAGCAGGGCUAUGGCGGCGGCCAGCGUCGCUCCUUCACCACAGAGGACGAAGCCUGGAAAACGUUCCUGGAGAAUCCGCUGACGGCCGCCACCAAAGCCAUGAUGAGCAUAAACGGAGACGAGGACAGCGCCGCGGCUCUGGGCCUGCUCUACGACUACUAUAAGGUGCCCAGGGACAAGAGAACAAUAACGCAGCCCAAGACCGACGCUAUGGUCUCUGAUGUGGAUCCCAACAAAAGGCACCAAAUCCAGACCGGACACCCCUUAGUCCCCCUCCAGGAAGGCGGGAUGGAGAACCGGAUCCAGGUCCUCAAGGCGCCCUUCAACAUUCUUCAGCUGGCCCAGGACAAGAGGGGCCACUUUGCCUCGCCAGACACGACUGUCACAGUUUCCAUUGCCGCUGUGCCAAACUACCCGCCAGUCAAGACCGAGGUGCCGACCCACGGCUUCUCGGUGACCGUGCCGAACAACUGCGCCGAAACCAACAGCCACGUGGGCGUCUUCGACCGCCAGCAGCUCUCCCACAGCGCAGUCCAGUUCAGCCCCAGCACCCAGUCCCGCACGCCCCCCGACUCCACCUUCACCGAGACUUUCAAGGAUGGUUCCCAGGAGGUGUUUUCCUUCCCGGGAGAUCUCCAGUUACGUAUGACCUCCAUGACGCCCGAGGACUACACUCAGUUUGACACCAUGCCGGGGAAUAACUUUGAGUACACUCUCGAGGCGUCCAAGUCGCUGCGUCAGAAGACUGGCGACGGGACGAUGACGUACCUCAACAAGGGCCAGUUCUACCCGAUCACCCUCAGGGAGGUCGACAACAAAGGCAUGCAGCAGCCCAUCACUAAAGUCAGGAGCGUGGUGAUGGUGGUGUUCGGGGAGGAGAAGUGCCGAGACGACCAGCUGAAGCACUGGAAGUACUGGCACUCCAGACAGCACACGGCCAAGCAGAGGUGUCUCGACAUCGCUGACUACAAGGAGAGCUUCAACACCAUCGGCAACAUCGAGGAGAUUUCCUACAACGCCAUUUCCUUCACCUGGGACACCAACGAGGAAGCCAAGAUCUUCAUCUCCGUCAACUGCCUGAGCACCGACUUCUCCUCUCAGAAGGGGGUCAAGGGUCUUCCCCUGAACCUGCAGAUCGACACGUACAGCUACAACAACCGCAGCAACAAGCCCAUCCACCGCGCCUACUGCCAGAUCAAAGUCUUCUGCGACAAGGGGGCGGAGAGGAAGAUCCGAGAUGAGGAGAGGAAGCAGUCCCGCCGGAAAGGCAAAGUGGCCGAGCUCAGCGCUAACCUCUCCUUUGUGGACGUGAAGGUGCCGAUUCUCCAGAAGCGCAACGACGUGACCAUCUUCAAGAUGAUGACCGACCUGGAGACCCAGCCCGUCCUCUUCAUCCCCGACAUUCACUUCUCGGCCUUCCAGCGCCACCCUUUCUCGGCAGAAGAGGGAGAAGAAAGCUCGGGCAUGAAGAGAUUACCCUUCAGCGACGACGAGUUCGGUUCACCUCCGAACAAGAUGCCGAGAGCCGAGGAACCAAAGAAAGUCCUGCUGUACGUGCGCAAGGAAACAGAGGAGGUGUUUGAUGCCCUCAUGCUGAAGAAUCCCACGCUGACAGGCCUGGUGGAAGCUAUUGCAGACAAGUACGAGCUGCCUCUGGAUAAGGUUGGAAAGGUGUACAAGAAGUGCAAGAAAGGUAUUCUAGUCCACAUGGACGACAACAUCAUCAAGCACUACUCCAACGAAGACACCUUCCAGAUCAGCAUGGAGGAGCUGGGCGGCAUGUACAAACUCACCCUCACUGAAAUCUGAUUCAGGAAGCAGAGGUGUCCUGGAACAUCCCGAUCGCAGGACAAACGGAGCCGUCAGGUUUACACUUCUGGCUGUGCAGUGAUUAUGGACUCGAUCUGAAAAUCAAAUCACGUCGUCUGUGUGCUGUAUUAAGUGUCAGUUUAAAAGCCAUAGCUCUUAGUAGGCACCGAUGUCGGUUAGAGAUGUAAGUUAUACAUUUUUGAUUCAUUUUUAAAGCUUUUAUUGUGCAUAAAGAAUUACCAACUGUUUGAUUGUUAUGACACUUUUGUAUUUGGUGAGAAUACGAGCUGCACCUCGGGUGUCGGCGCCUACUUUUGUAAAAAAAAAAAAAAAAACCUUUGUGCAGGUUUGCAGAGCAGUUGUAGUGCUGCUAUACCUCAUGCUAUGCAAGCAGCACGGCUUAUGCAUUCAUAUGUUUGAAUUUUAUCAAGAGAAGCAGAUCUUAUUUCCCUUCCCGAAGCCAUAGCACUGAUGAUUGCAAUCUGCAAAGUUCGGUAUUUAGCGCAGAAAAAGAAAAAGAUGACGGCAAAUUGUUACCGGAGCCCCAGAGGUUCAGCGUAUUAAGACUAAACAACACGACAGUAUUUAGUGUGUGAAACCUUCUUCGAUCAUCACGUGAGUAGGGUAGAAUACUGCAGAUGUUUGUGUUUUCCUAGCAUAGAAUCCAUUUUUUGUGAAUGACGUGGCUUAAAAGACUCAGAUCAACUCAAACGACGGCCUCUUUGUGAGUAUUACAGAAAUCUAUCCAUGACAUUGAUAAAACACAGCUACCCUUCCCCUGUAGGUUAGUUUUCUGAAUGUUGGUGAAACAGGUCAAUGAAUAUCUAGAACAGUCUGUUCAGGCUGUGCUGGAAGUGCAAUAUGAUGUUUAGGUUCGGACGCGUUCAGAAAACUACUUCCCUCUGUUGCCAUAACGACAGUAUAGAAUGCGUGUUAAUUGAUUUUUUUUUUUUAAUGGAAAUAUCCUUGUACAUAUUAACUGGAAAAAAAGGAUCUUUUGUAUCUCAGUACUUAUUGUGUAUAUAUUUAUUAAGAGAACGGAUGUGGGCCACUCUUUUUUUUUUUUGUUUAUUUUUUAACCAUAUAUAACCAAAUUUCUAUUAAUCCUAUUAAUAUAAUGCUGUUUUCCUUUUUAUAUGAAGUUACUCCAACAUUACAUGUCAAGGGACAGAAAGUUCACGUGUUUUUAAUAAUUUGUUGUUUUUGUAAAGGAUUUGACGCACAAAGUGCCCAAUAAAAGCUCUCCGGUAGCUACUGCU